GAAUGGAGAAUAAGAUUUUUCAUAUUCACUCAUUCAAAACAUAAAAAGUUAGUUCCACUUAUUAGCGGUAUUAUUGAGUUUAAAAAAGUUGGAUGAUAAAAAAGAAAGGUAUUAUUGAAAAGGGUAAAUGAGAGGUGGGUUGAGGAGGUCCGGAUAGUCUUUACUCUCCAUUUUGACAAUGAUAUAUCCAUGCGAUAUACCCAUACAUACGGAGAUAUAAGAUGAGAGAUAUAAGAAGAAGAAGAAGAAGAAGAAGAAGAGUUGGUUUUUUAGUCAUCUCACGAGAAGAGAAGAGAAGAGAAGAGAAGAGAGAAGAGCUGGUUUUGUCUUAUCAAAGUCGUAAUAAAAGUAGUAAUAAUAAUAAUAAUUAAAAAAGGAAAAAGAACGGUUGGCACGUUUAAUUUCCCUCUCUGUAUGUAUCUCUUUCUCUCUCCGAGUUGAAUUUAAGUAAGAAGAAAGAAAGGUGUGUGUGUUUGUUGGGAUUUAGAGAGAGAGAGAGAGAGAGAAAGAGAAAAUGAGUGGUGGAGGUGAAGGAGAAGAAGAGACAACACUUGAAUUCACUCCCACCUGGGUUGUCGCUGCCGUUUGUACUGUCAUCGUCGCCCUUUCCCUCGCCGCCGAGCGUUUGCUUCACUAUGGCGGAAAGUUUCUUAAACGCAAGGAUCAAAAGCCACUUUACGAAGCUCUACAGAAGAUCAAAGAAGAGUUGAUGCUUCUGGGUUUCAUUUCUCUGCUUCUGACGGUUUCGCAAAAUAGCCUCACCAAAAUAUGCGUUCAUCCAACUGUAUUGCGCCACAUGCUUCCUUGUACUCUCCAGGAGAAGAAGGAGAAGGAGGAACAUCCACCAUCGUCGUCGUCUCAACAUUCUGCUUUCUCCUUUCCUGCUCCAAUUGCAAGGCGUCUCCUAGCAGAAGCAGCAGCAGCAUCAGAAGAAGAACACAUAACCUCUUACUGCGGUCGCAAGAACAAGGUUCCUUUAUUAUCUCUCGAAGCUUUGCAUCACCUCCACAUCUUCAUUUUUGUCCUCGCCGUCGUCCACGUCACUUUUUCAGUUCUCACCGUUGUUUUUGGAGGCGCAAGAAUACGUCAGUGGAAGCACUGGGAAGAUUCUAUUGCAAAGGACAACUAUGAUUCCACCAAAGUUCUCAAACCAAAGUUGACUCAAGUUCAACAACAUGAAUUUAUCAAGGGUCGCUUUUCCGGUCUCGGCAAAGACUCUGCUUUAAUUGGUUGGUUGCAAUCCUUUUUCAAGCAAUUCUAUGGCUCUGUUACAAAAUCAGAUUAUGUCACAUUAAGACUUGGUUUCAUUGUGACCCACUGCAAGACAAACCCCAAGUUUAAUUUUCACAAGUACAUGAUUCGUGCCCUUGAAGAUGAUUUCCGCCAAGUUGUUGGCAUAAGUUGGUAUCUUUGGCUCUUUGUGGUCAUCUUCUUAUUGUUAAAUAUCAAUGGUUGGCAUACAUAUUUCUGGAUUGCUUUCAUUCCUUUCAUUCUUUUACUUUCUGUUGGAACAAAGCUGGAGCAUGUAAUAACCCAACUAGCUCAUGAAGUUGCUGAAAAGCAUGCAGCCAUAGAAGGUGACUUGGUUGUACAACCUUCAGAUGGUCACUUCUGGUUUCACAGGCCGCACAUUGUUCUUUUCUUGAUUCACUUUAUCCUUUUCCAAAAUGCUUUUGAGAUAGCAUUUUUUUUCUGGAUAUGGGUUACAUAUGGAUUUGACUCUUGUAUAAUGGGACAAGUUCGUUACAUUGUUCCAAGGCUCGUUAUUGGGGUAUUUAUUCAGUUACUCUGUAGCUACAGCACCCUACCACUCUAUGCACUUGUUACACAGAUGGGAACUCACUAUAAGAGGGCGAUAUUUAAUGACCAUGUGCAAGUGGGCCUUGUUGGUUGGGCAGAUAAGGUAAAAAAGAAGAAAGCGCUAAAAGCUGAUGGCCAUACUAGCCAAGGAAGUUCUCAUGAUCAUGAGGGUUCUAGUACAGGAAUUCAGCUUGGCUCAGUUUUCCAGAAGCGGACAUCAGCACCCGAAGACAGUACUUCUGUAACCAAAGCUGAUUCUAGUACAGGAAUUCAGCUUGGCUCAGUAUUCCAGAAGAGGACAUCAGCGCCCGAAGACAGUACUGCUGUCAUCAAAGCUGAGGGGUCCAACUGAGAAUGGUUAUCUAGGUUAAGCGUGGUGGAGCAUUGUAUUUGUAGGACAUGUUGGGCUUGGUAUCGGCUUGUGGUGAAAGAUGUAUAGGCUUGAUGCUGGCAAUGCUGGGUUUCAUUUCUAAGAUCCUGAGAUCUGCUACCACACCCACCGACUAGUUACUACACGUGUAAUCUGAAUUUUGCUUCUUGCAUGGCCUAAUAGUAAUACUUCCCCUACUAUGACUCAUACUAAGUUCCAAAAGUUUGUCUUUAACAUAGUGCAUGUUUGGUAUCACUGUAAUUUAGCUAAAGCUACAAACUUGGUGAAUGGGAAGCUUCCUUCCUGUUUGUGCAUGUUUGUUUGCACUUUACUUUUGCCUUGCGGUAGCUUCCACAUUAUUUUUUCAUGUUUUUUUACAUGAGAGAUGCUAGUCCCUAAUUAGUGGAACUUAAAAAAUAUAUUUGUAGA